AGGAAGACUACUAGUGGGCCGCCGGGCGGGCAAUUCCAGAAUACUAUAAUCGAAAUUAGGUUGAUUGAAAUGUAACUAAUGUGAUACUCACAUCUCAUAGUCUUCUUCUCCCAUAUAUCUCUCUCUCUCUCUCUCUCUCAACUCCCCAACCUCUCUCCCACCAUUUAAAACUUCUCCCUUCCCCACAAAUUCCCCAUCAAGAUUUUUUGAACAUCAAUUUUGAAGUUGAAGAAUCUUGUCAAGACGAAAACCAUAGAGGUCAAUUCCUCGAAAGAGAUCAUGAAGAACAGCAACAACAACAACGGCAAUGGCAACACAAAGCUCAUCCUCCUCCACCCUUACAUCCAAAAGCAAGCUGCCACCUCAUCAUCAUCAUCAUCCAACCGCCUCUGGCUCCUCGCCGUCCUCUCCUUCUUCACCAUCGCCUUCCUCCUCACCCUCAUCUACACUCGCGACCCCGCCACGCUCCGCUCCUCCAUGCGGUCAUCACCAGACACGGAGGAGGCAACCGUACUCCCCGUUCCGCCGCCGCUCCCUACGAGCGUGAUCAACACGCUCGUCCACUACGCGUCCCGCUCCAACGACACCUUCCACAUGUCACACGCGGAGCUGAAGUCGGUCUCCGACGUCCUCCGCAAGUGCUCCCACCCUUGCAACCUCCUCGUCUUCGGCCUCACCCACGAGACACUGCUCUGGAAGUCCCUCAACCACCGCGGCCGCACCGUCGUGGUCGAGGAGAACCGCUACUACGCGGCCUACUUCGAGGAGCUCCACCCGGACGUCGACGUGUUCGACGUCCAGUACGCCACACGGGCCGCCGAGCUGGACGAGCUCCUCGGCUCCACCAAGGAGCUCGUCCAGCAAGAGUGCCGGCCCGUGCAGAACUUGCUCUUCUCCGAGUGCAGGCUCGGGAUCAACGACCUGCCCAACCACGUGUACGACGUGGAUUGGGACGUCAUCCUCGUGGACGGGCCACGUGGCGAGGGGCCAGACGCGCCCGGGAGGAUGAUGUCGAUUUUUACUGCCGGUGUGCUGGCGAGGAGCCGGAAGGGAGGUGGCGGGAAGACGCAUGUUUUCGUACACGAUUAUUAUAGGGACGUGGAGAGGGUCUGUGGGGAUGAGUUUCUGUGUCGGGAGAAUUUGGUGGAGGUGACCAACGGGAUGUUGGCGCAUUUUGUGGUGGACAGGAUGGACAAGGAUAGCUUCCACUUCUGCCGGGAACGGAACGGGACGGCGACGGCGGCGGCGAAGAGAUCGGGUUGAAUUCUUGUGGGGAGGUGAAGGGGGAGGAAUGUGGUUUAUUUAAGAUCAUCAUACUCGUACACGUUGUUUUUUUUUUUUGUGGGUUUUAAUUUUUUGGGAUGUAAGUAAAAAUGGGAAGGGAAAUAACCGUCUUUCUUUUUGGGCAAUGCAAAGCAAUUUCAUAUAUCAAAAUUGAUGAUUGGUCGUUGGAUGAAGAAAGAAGUAAAGAAAUGAAGGAAGUAGCUAAGCUAGGGCAUAUGGUGAGCUGUCGGCAGUGAAUUUAUAUUCAAUUAGUAGGAUCCUAAACACGUUGGUGCAUCAACGUUAAAAAGGAUGGAAAACAACUCCAAUUAACAACUGGGGAUUAGUUGCAACCAAUUAUUGGUCACAUUUGGCUACACAAAGAAUCUCUCGUCUGAGUCAACUCCUCGUGAUGAUUUGGCAUUUUGGUUGAUUUGUUUUGCAGAUUCAUCGCACAAAUAUAAUUACCCUUAUUACCAUUUACUCACCCUUAAUUUUGUCUUGAAUGUAGUUAGCCGGCAUGUUCUUGUUUCUUAUAGUUUUUCCAGAUUUGUUGUUUCAAUGAAAAUGGUUUUCAGAG